AUCUGUCAGGCGCCCACCAAUAUCCUUGCGGGUUCGCCAGAAAGCAGCGAGGAUGGUUUCCCAGGACACUCGAGGGCGUGAUUCUGGGGCCUCCUAGUUCGCGGGGUAACGAGUAGGGUGAUGAUACGUGAGAAUUGCCGAAGCGAUCCCAAGCAGAGGAGAGCAAUUCUGCAGCCCUAAAAGAAUCGAAUGGCUCGGGGGGAACUUGUAUUACUUAACCGCAUUUAACCGCUUUGUUGCAGCUACUGCAUUAUUAUUCGGAGGCCUUGCUUUCAUUACUUUGGGGAAGGAGGCGCCUGAUACAGUGGGACUCGCAUAUAGGUGUCAAGGAGGGACAGAUCCGCUCUGUGACAGCACCGCCGCCGCUUUAAUAACAGCAGUUGCGGCGGCAGCAAGGGGGCGAGGCACAUUUCCUUCUCCUUUUCGCUGACAGAGAAGCGUUCUUUCUGGCGCAGCCUUGCGGCGAGGAGCAAAACGGUCAGAUCACCGCGAAGGGCCGGCACAGUCCUCUGCCAGUGGAACCCAGGCUGCUGGAGCAGCUUGGCGGCGGCCCCUCGGCUUCUCAAAGCGCAGAGAUAGGCUCCGUUCCCUCAUCUCUGGAUCGCCAAAUCACGCUCAGCCAACAUGGACCUUGACUCUAAGAGGACCGCGGCGGAGAAAGGGAGCCCGUUGCAACCCCCGGAAGAAGAGGAGGAAGUGGACCCCAGGAUACAAGUAGAACUAGAAAAGUUGAAUCAAUCUACAGAUUAUAUUAAUCGGAGAGAAACGGAACUUGAGGAUGCACGUCAGAAAUUCCGUUCAGUUCUGGUGGAAGCUACAAUAAAACUAGAUGAACUUGUGAAGAAGAUUGGAAAAUCUGUAGAAGAUUCAAAGCCUUAUUGGGAAGCCCGAAGGGUUGCCAGGCAGGCUCAGCUAGAAGCUCAGAAAGCAACACAGGAUUUUCAGAGAGCAACAGAGGUGCUACGGGCUGCUAAGGAAACCAUUUCUCUUGCAGAACAGAGGCUGCUGGAAGAUGAUAAACGUCAAUUUGAUUCUGCAUGGCAAGAAAUGCUCAAUCAUGCCACCCAGCGGGUUAUGGAAGCAGAGCAGACAAAAACUAGAAGUGAACUUGUACAUAAAGAAACAGCAGCCAAAUACAAUGCUGCCAUGGGCAGAAUGAAACAGUUGGAGAAGAAGCUGAAAAGAGCUAUUAACAAAUCCAAGCCUUAUUUUGAACUCAAAGCAAAAUAUUAUGUACAACUUGAGCAAUUAAAAAAGAUAGUGGAUGAUCUGCAAACAAAAUUGGCUUUGGCAAAGGGUGAAUACAAAGCAGCCUUGAAGAACUUGGAGAUGAUCUCUGAUGAGAUUCAUGAGAGGCGGCGAGCUUCAUCAAUGGGGCCCAGAGGAUGUGGUGUUGGGGCUGAAGGCAAUAGUACUUCAACAGAAGACCUUACAACAUGCAAGUUAGAUUCAGAUAAUGUUUCCAUGGCAUCAGAAGUUUUUGAAGAUGACACCUGCAGCAGCUUUGUGUCUGAAGAAGACUCUGAAACUCAGUCUCUAUCUAGUUUCAGUUCUGGUCCAACAAGCCCUUUUGAUAUACCUGCUCAGUUUCUUCCAAUGACUCGACCUAAAAGCUUGGAUUUAUCUAGCCCCAUAUCACUAUCUGAAUUUGGGGUAUUUCCUCUUUUAGGCCCUCGCAGUGAAUGUAGUGGGGCAUCCUCUCCUGAAUGUGAAAUUGAAAGAGGAGACAGGGCAGAAGGAGCUGAGAACAAGAUACUUGACAGAGUGAACAAGAGUGUAGGUAGCAGCUCUUCUUCCAGUGGCCCAGUGCCGGACAAUCAGUUGAAGCAACUUUCCCUACAAUGCCUGAAAGUCAAGGAUGGGAAUUGUGCAGACAAACAAAUAGUACAAAUUGGGUGAAGUAAUAUCCAGGGGCUAAUGAGGAAUUAAUUUAUACACAGAUGUUUCCUGAUUGUCAGAACCUUGUGCCAAAAACUAAUAUGUGCCAAAUUUUUAAGCCUUUACUGCACAAUAAAGGCUUACACAAUUGUUGAGGGCUAAAGUAUGUACAUUGAAAUAUGUAACAGAAAUCUUGGUCAGGAUAGAAAUUUUAAAGGACAGAAAUACCAAUCCUUAAGAUAUUUUGUAAUAGUUUGGGAGAAGCAAUAACUAAUAUGAGUCCUCUAUGAAAUUUAGGGCACUCUGGCACUCAGAGCAAAGCCAGGUUGGGAGGAUUAGCUGAUAUCUUGUUUAUAAUUUGAGUUGCUGUUUAAUGCCGUAAAAUUCCAGGAUGCUAGCAGAAUAUCCUUUGAAAUACCUUGUAUUGUGUUUGGGUUACCAAAGGAAGCUGCUGCACGUAACAGAAUUUAAGAAUUCAGUCUUCCUAUAGAUUCAUGAGGGUUGAUACAUUAUACCUCAAAGGUAAUUAAAAUGUUAAUUUAAUUUAAUCCCUUUAGCUUUUUACACAGCUGUGGGGAGGAUAUAGACAGGAAGAUGUGUGUGUGUGUGUGUGUGUGUGUGUGUAUAUACCACACACAUAUAAAAUGAUGAAAACAAAAUGGUCAGUGAAAACAUUAAUGUAGGAUACCACUUUGUUGUGAAGUACCAAUCAUCAUAAUCACAAAGCAUAGAUAGGAAGAUUACCCCACAUCCCAUCAAGUAAAAAAGAGAAAUGUGCAUGAAUGGAAUAAUUGCCAUAGCAUUGAUAUGGGGAACAUUUUCUAGUAUCUCUGCAUUAUUAAGUAUAGCAUUUCAGGAGUAGUUAAAAGAGUUAGAAGUUAGUAUUCUUUAAGUAAACUAUAAACAAGAUAGAAAGGAAGCUGAAGCAUGUAAACAACAACUAUUAGAGAACUGGAAUUGAUGCUAGUAAGAAAUAGUUAAAAGCAUAAAGUUGCUUUAGUAAACUAGUUAACUAGUAGUUAACAUUUCUAAAAAUUGGCCUAGGUCAUAUUUAAUGAAGCAUUACUGAUAAGCAAUAAUCCUUUCAAUAUUUUUUUUAAAUUUGGCUUAAUUUUGUUAUAUUUUGUCAAUGGUAUGUGUAUAUUCUUAAAACAAAUGUAAAGAUUAUUUCACACUAAGUCUCCUCUGCCCUUUUUGUUUUCAUGUGUAGAAUGGUUAUUUUUAAUCUUUACAACUUCAUUCUUCAAAUAUGUCUGUCUGUCUGUCUACCUUCCAUAUAUUUUUUUUGCAAGGAUCUUUGCAAGGAACAAUUGGAAUGGUAAAAAUAAAAUGAGAACUAGAAAUGUUAGUAGUAAGUCUGUGUCUGUGUAUAGAUACUACCUGUGAUAAAAUUCAAAGUUUAGAGUUUACCUUUAUGAAAACUAUGAGAUACAAAAUUAAACAGUUUUGUUUCAUGGAUGUUAUGACAGUCAGUAAUUUUUCUGUGAUAAAUUCUGACCUUUACACAUUACCAGCAAUUAUCAACAUUUUAGUUAAGGGGGAAGUGGCUAUAUUCUAUGUUUGCUGAUAUCUGUUAUAAAGACCAUUAGGGUUACACUACAGAACACAUUGUAAAUUUUUGUGCCUUCCCAUUUUAUUUGCAGUGCAUUGGCAGAUACAGGCAUUCUAAAAGUUUUUUAUGGUAGAAAACUUCUAAAAUGGCUCUAUAAGCCAAAGCACUGCAAAUAAAAUGGGAAGGGCACAAAACAUACAAUAAGUUCUGUAGUGUAACCCUAUUUCUAUGGAGCCACUUGAGAUAAUUUCUGUUGCAGAUAGCCGAAAUGGUAGAUCUUCUUCCUAUUAAGGACAACAUGGCUAGUAAAGGGCAGGGGGAGAGUUAAUUCUAGGGCUUAAGUGUGACUUCUCAAUAAUUGCUAUGUCCUAUAAGUAAAUCAUGUUGGCAGGCUAAGUUCAAAUGAAAGGGAAAAGAAUAUUCAGUUUUUAUACCAUUCAUAGAUUUUCAUAAUCUGAAAAUCUAGCUUGUGUGACUGAUGUUGCUAGCAAUAAUGUAGAGCUUGACUCAUAAACUUGGUUGCUAAUAGUUUUGUUCUAGUCGAUGAAGCAUUCUGCACCACUAUUUGCAUGGCUUUGAUGCUGGCAUUUCCCCUAAAUUUGUUAUUCAGCUUCAUAAGAAAGGUCGAGAACUGAUUAGCAGUAUGCCUGGUUAUUUCAUUUUGUCCAAAUCAAUUAAAUCUUACUUUAUGUAUCUAUGAAAUAUUAAGAUAACCUUGUCAUUUUUUACUGUGUGAGCACACUGGCACACAUUAAAAAUGAAAUUCUGUUGCUUAUUCUCACUAUAUGUACACUAUAGAGAGUUAUCAUUUAUAUGUGUAAUGGGCAGACAAAAUGUAUUUACAUACAAACAUUCAUAGGCAAUUCAGAAGAUGCAUGAAAAAUUGAUGUUCUGUGGAAUAGUCCUAAUUCAUCCUUAAAUCAAUUAUCGUGUUCUUUAUUAGAUUACUGACUUACAACUGAAGAUCUGUCUAUAUAACAUUGCCAUCUCAUUAAUUGCCUUAGAGAACUGGAUCCAUAUAUAUUCUUCCCCCCAGAAGUGAGGCAGAUCUUUGAAAAGGAGUAAAAGCAUGGCUUUGUGCCCUUGUGUGGGGAACCUGCAGUCUUCCGUGCAGUCAUGAAGUUGAAUAGUGCCGUGGGAGUCCGCCCUUGGUAACUCUUAAUCAACUUAUAACAUCCACAGUGCUGAUUGGUUUAAAGUUCACUUCUAGGAAGCUGCAUUCAUUGCUAAGAAAUUUCUUGCUUAGUGGAUCAUGACUGGUGUUUGGGCUGCUGAAGGGAAAAGGCUUGGCUGUGCUAUAAAGUCCUAUCUUGCAAAUAUCUUCAAAGAUUUAAGGCUUUCUUCUAUUGGAGAUGCAAGGUUCUUAAUAAAGUUAGCUAACCAAAUUUGUGUUUCAUUUUAAUGUUUAAAAAUAUUGAUCAUUCCUAACUAAACUUAGAUUUAAAACAAAGUUUAUAUUGGAAACAGUUUGAUUUAAUCUUUCUGUCCAAUCAGAAGACUAAUGCACAGAAAGUUUACUUACGUUUUAAGGACUCAAGGGAAAGCUCUGAAAAAUGAUCUUAUUCUUUUGCAUAGAUAAAAUCAAGCUAAGAAUAAUUAAUCAGAUAUACCAGCAUACUAUCAUUGAAAU